AUGCGGGUUCCGGAGGGGUUGGCGCCUCUGCUGUAUUUUCUCUCCCUUCUUGCCACCAAGACGUGGGAAGUUCGUCUGCACCCCAAGCAAGAGACUUUGGUGAAACAUCUGUCAUCAUAUGAAAUAGUGACACCUGUACGAGUAAAUGAAUUUGGAGAAGCUUUCCCUCACACUCACCACUUCAAAAGGAGGAAAAGGAGCAUGGAAACACUACUGGAACCCAUUCCUUUCAGAAGCCAUUAUCAGUUUAGCGCCUAUGGACACAUUUUCCUGCUGAAUUUAAGUGCUGAUACCAGUUUUAUUGCUCCUCAUUACACUGAGGUGCACCUGGGAAAUAUAAAAACACAUUCUGCCUCAGACCUGCACCAUUGUUUCUAUCGUGGACAUGUUAAUGCACAGGAAAUACACACUGCAGUCUUCAGUAUCUGUGGUGGCCUGAUGGGCAUGUUCAGAUCCCACGAUGGAGAAUACUUUUUAGAACCUUUGAUGGGAGCAGAUGAAGAGGAAUAUGAAGAAGAAUACAACAAAUUACAUCUUAUAUAUAAACAUGAAGACUUGAGGAAAGAUUAUUUUCAGAAUUCCUAUAUGCCUUGUGAAACGUCAGAAGAGCCAAAGAAAAGCACUUUACUAUUUCCAUAUGAGAGCAGCUUUAUGAAACACAGAAAUGUCCUUCAAGACCAUCCAGUUUUAGAAUAUGCUUCAAAAAACCUAUCUGUAGGGGAUAAUAGAAACAAUCCACAUUCCCGAAGAAAACGUUUCCUCUCUUACCCAAGAUAUGUAGAGGUGAUGGUUACAGCUGAUGCCAGAAUGGCUCAGCAUCAUGGACAGAACUUGCAGCAUUAUGUAUUAACACUCAUGUCAAUAGUUGCAACAAUCUACAAAGAUGCAAGUAUAGGAAAUCAAAUAAAUAUAGUGAUUGUAAAGUUAAUUGUAGUUCACAAUGAACAGGAAGGACCAGCUAUUAGUUUUAAUGCCGCCACUACGCUUCGCAAUUUCUGUUUCUGGCAGCAGGCUCAAAACGUUCUGGAUGACACUCAUCCUUCUCACCAUGAUACUGCAGUUCUUCUUACUAGGGAAGAUAUAUGCAGAGCUAGAGAAAAAUGUGAUACCUUAGGGUUAGCUGAAUUGGGUACAAUGUGUGACCCUCUGCGUAGCUGUUCUAUCAGUGAAGAAAAUGGAUUAAGUGCUGCAUUUACAGUAGCACAUGAACUUGGGCAUGUGUUUAAUAUUCCUCAUGAUGACAGUUUUAAAUGUAAAGAAGCUGGAAUAAAGCACCAAUAUAAUGUAAUGGCCCCAACUUUAAAUUAUUAUUCAAGUCCAUGGACUUGGUCAAAAUGCAGUCAGAAAUAUAUUACUGAAUUUCUUGAUACUGGAUAUGGGGAAUGCCUCCUAGAUAAACCAAAUGGAAGAAUCUAUGACUUUCAGCCACAGUUACCUGGCUCCCUGUAUGAUGUGAACAAGCAAUGUGAACUUAUGUUUGGUCCUGGAUCACAAGUAUGUCCUUAUAUGAGACAAUGCAAACGUCUAUGGUGUACAAGUGCAGAAGGUAUUCACAGGGGUUGCCGUACACAGCACAUGCCACUGGCUGAUGGAACAGAAUGUGGACAUGGAAUGCACUGCUGGCAUGGGGUUUGUGUAAACAAGGAAACGGAGAGGCUUCCUGUAGACGGAGGAUGGGGAUUGUGGGAACCUUACAGUUCAUGCACCAGAACAUGUGGAGGAGGCAUCAAAAGUGCAACAAGAUUGUGUAAUCGGCCAGAACCAAAACACGGAGGAAUGUACUGUGUGGGUCGCAGGAUGAAGUUUCGAUCCUGUAAUACCAACUCAUGCCCCAAGAGCAAAAAAGAUUUUCGAGAUCAGCAGUGCUCUGAAUAUGAUGGUAAACAUUUUAACAUCAAUGGACUAACAUCUACUGUGCGCUGGCUUCCAAAAUACAGUGGUAUUUCUCUGAAGGAUCGAUGUAAGCUUUUUUGCCGUGUCUCUGGCACAACAUCUUAUUAUCAGCUGAAAGACAGAGUUAUUGAUGGUACUCCAUGUGGAACAGACACUCAUGAUAUCUGUGUUCAAGGUUUAUGCAGGCAAGCUGGCUGCGAUCAUGUUUUAAACUCCAAAGCAAGAACAGAUAAAUGUGGCAUCUGUGGUGGUGAUAAUUCUUCAUGUAGGACUCUUACUGGUACUUUCAACAGUGCUCAUUACGGCUAUAACAUUGUAGUAAAAAUACCCAAAGGAGCAACAAACCUGGACAUACGCCAGCAUAGCUACUCAGGGAAGCCAGAGGAUGACAACUAUCUUGCAUUGUCCACUAUGCAAGGAAGUUUCUUUCUGAAUGGGAAUUUUGUUGUAAGUCUCUCUAAAAAAGAAAUCAGUAUGUAUGGAGCUUCUUUUGAAUACAGUGGUUCAAACAACACAGUGGAGAGAAUAAACAGUACUGGCCGACUAGAAGACAACAUUCUUUUGCAGGUGUUAUGUGUAGGGAAUUUGUACAACCCCGAUAUUCAUUAUUCAUUCAGUAUUCCUAUAGAAGAAGGAAAUGAUCUUUUCACUUGGGAUCCAUAUGGACUUUGGCAAGACUGCACCAAAAUGUGUCAAGGUAUCCGCAGAAGGAAAGUUUCCUGCAUAAGAAAGAGUGAUCACUUGGUAGUAUCCGACCAAAGAUGUGAGCAUAUAACACCUCCUGUAGCUGUGACAGAACUGUGUAAUACUGAAUGUGAAUUAAGGUGGCAUAAUUUUGGCAAAAGUGAGUGCUCAACUCGGUGUGGCCCAGGGUUUCGGUCUUUAGACAUCCACUGUAUGAAGUACUCUGUUUCUAAAGGACUGAGUGUUCCAGUGGAUGAUAAAUACUGUGCUGAUCAGCAGAAACCACCAGUCCGAGAAACUUGCCAUGGAGACUGUCUUCAAACAAGCUGGCAUUAUACAGGAUGGUCAGAGUGUUCGAGGAGCUGUGGAAAAGGUGCGAGAACAAGAGAAGCUUUUUGUAUGAACAAUUUUGGCCGUCGGCUUACAGAUCGAGAAUGCCAUGGGCUUCCAAAAAUUAUUACUCAGAGUUGCAAUGAGUUCUUGUGUCCCAGCUGGAUGGCUAGUGAUUGGAGUGAGUGUCCAGUGACUUGUGGGAAAGCAGUAAAACAUCGGCAGGUAUGGUGCCAGUUGAAUGAUGACCAUCUGGAAGAUGUUUUCUGCAAUCCCAACUCUAUACCAGAAUCAGUGAGACCAUGUGAACUUAAUGAAUGUGCAGCUUGGCAUGUGGGGCCAUGGAGUGCAUGCUCUGUUACAUGUGGACAUGGAUACCAAAUGCGUGCAGUUAAAUGUCUUACUGACGUUUUCGGAGCUGUUUUGGAUGACGAGAGAGAAUGCAGUGCUGCUAUUCGUCCAUCAGACAGACAAGAAUGUGAGAUGUUUUGUCCAGAGAUCAACAAAGUGUGGUCUAUAUCACUGCCUGUCAUCCAGACUAACAAAGAGACUCAGUGGAGAUAUGGAUCAUGGACUCCAUGUUCUGCUUCUUGUGGAAGAGGAAACCGUGCUCGCUAUGUAAGCUGCCGGGAUGGUCAUGGCAGAAUAGCAGAAGAAUCAUUUUGUGCUGAUUUGCCCAAACCUGAAGAACUUUCAAGCUGCUUUAGUCCAUGUGGUGUCUGGCAAGCUGGAAGUUGGUCACCUUGCACAGUUACAUGCGGUAAUGGAAGAGUAACAAGACAAGUUGUCUGUGUCAACCAUCAUCAACAAAUUGAUGAGAAUUACUGUGAUCCUGAAGGCCAUCCUGCAAAAGAACAAGAAUGUAACAUGCUACCCUGCCAGCCAGUUUAUCGCUAUAAUCCGGAUUUGCAUGAAGGUCCAAGCCAUCAAGAUUAUUCUCCAACAGAAAAGGUCCAUCACUCACAGGACCAUGUAAACUCAAAGAACCACCAUUCCCCUUCAGGAAACCAGUGGAGAACAGGACCAUGGGGAGCAUGCUCAAGUUCUUGUGCUGGUGGAUUUCACCGCCGUGUUGUGGUGUGCCAAGAUGAGAAUGGAGGAAGUGCUACAUAUUGUGAUGAAUCACUGAAACCACCAGACUUGACCCAUUGUGACUCUGGCCCCUGUCCAGUUUGGAACUAUGGGAGCUGGGGAGAAUGUACCCAAACAUGUGGCAGUGGAUUAAAGACACGAUUAGUGGUUUGUCAGCUUCCAAAUGGCCAAGUUUUGAAUGAUCAGAAUUGUGAAAUAUUAGAAAAGCCACCUAACACAGCACAUUGUAAUACUCAUUUGUGUCCUGCUGAAGUUUCAUGGCAUCGGGGACCAUGGAAAUCGGUACGAUAG